AUGGGUAUAGCCAUUGAAUGGAGGCAACGGGCCUACGACAUCAAGAUGAACAUGGCUGAAUCGAGCGUCGAGGCUGGGAAAAGUGCCGGGUGUAGACUUAUUGUGGCGAUGAACCUUACUCCGCUGGCAACUCGAGCAGGAGCGGGCCCAAGCUUUGACAUCCUUGUUCAGGCCAGGCCAGACGAACCUUUCCGCGAGGAGUUUUUGUGA